ACGUUCGUCUCGCUCUUUCGUUUUUCUCUUUAUAGAUUUUUCAUUUUUAAACGUACGUGCGAGAGAGAAAGUCGAUGUCUUAUGGAAAAAGAUAUGAACAAAAAAAUGUGUAUUUAGUGUGCGAGUGUACUAUAAAAAUUAUUGAUUUUUGUUUUCUUUUAACACACGCUGAGAAAAUGUUUAAUUCUAAUUGCACUAGUGCGCUCUAGUGUGUUCAGAGUGAGUUUGUUAUCUUAAAACAUAAUUUUUCACGAGUCGUUUUUCAUGUUAGCGCGUGUCUAAAUAAAUAUUUGCGUUUUUUUUUUCGUGAUUCAAGUUCCUUGGCCGCGUUGUCUUGUUGGGGGCCUGCGGCUGCGUCCCACUAUUUUUGGAACACCCAAACGUAUCAACGAAGAUAUUACGCCAAGUUUGAACUGUGUGAGCGCUCGUGUCUAUCUUUAAAGUGUAUUUUUGACCUUUUUAAUUGUGUUUUUUUUUGUGUUAGUAUCAAUGUUGCGAGACUAUGCGAUGUGUAUUAAGUUUUUCUUUUUUUUUCAUUUCAUUUAAUAACGUGAUUAAUUAGCGUGGCACACCAAAGUUAAUCCAGUAUUCAAAAGAAAACCCGAGACCUUCUAGUCUGACGUAGUUUCUACUUAGUAUCGUACUUAAAUAUACUUCUAUUCAUAUACAAAAAUAUUUAGUAUACAAUUAAAUUUUUAAUAAUAAUAGUAAUUAAAAAAAAAACUGUGAUAUAAUUAUUUAGUGGAGAGUGCAAUAGGAAUGUGCAAUUCCGUUUAUACACCGCAUAACGUGAGCGGUUAGUGCUAAAUGAUUUAGUGUAUUCCGGUCGAGGUGAUUCCGUGAUGGCGCUGCAACCCCAGCAGUUUUGCGUCCGUUGGAAUUCUUAUCACACUAAUCUACAGGCCGUUUUCCCGCGCCUGUUACUGACCGAACAAUUCGCUGACGUCACGUUAGCGUGCGAAUCGCGUCAGCUGCGAUGCCACAAGCUGGUCUUGUCAGCAUGCUCGGCGUACCUCGAGAGGCUAUUGCUGCAGAACCCCUGCGACCAUCCCAUCGUCCUGAUGCGGGACAUGAGGUUCAGUGAAAUGCAGGCACUAGUCGACUUUAUGUACAAAGGGGAAGUGAACGUGACCCAAGAGGAGCUGCCGAGCCUCCUGAAGUCAGCCGAGGCUCUGCAGAUCAGAGGUCUCUGCUCAAACGACAGUUCCGGUCUGACCGACAGCAAACCCGAGACGAAGGACUUCACCGUCGCCAGCGACGCCCUCGUCGCGAACGCACAGAAGGACAACCCCACUACCAAUGGACCGAGUCAAGCGCCUAAGUCGAUACCCCAGUCAUCUCCCAACGGACCUAAGAAACGGAAAUCUGAAGACCUGGCUGCUGAUGUGAAGGAGGAAACCGUCGAGGAAGACGGACUGUAUUACGGCGAAAUGGAUAACGACCCCAUGGAAUACAACGAGGACGACGAACCAGGGAAACCGGGCAGCAGUCUUGGUCAGCCAUCAGGGAGCCGCCGCGACUACGUGCGCGUGAAGCCGGAGAGCGAAUUGUUUUUUCAAAAUAAACUGCAGAAUUUAGCGAAAGCCAAUUCCGAAUACAUCAACAGGCUAUCCAAAAUGAACGCUGUGGAAAUAAAAAAUGAAUUUUCCAAAUACGGGCUCAAUACGAACGCCACAGAAGAAUAUUUACAGCAGAAGAACGCAGAGAAAGCAGAGAAUGACUAUUACAAAUCAUGGUUGGAGCAAAAUGGCGAGCUCGAAGUGUCUCUCCUGAGAGCGAGCCAAGUGAAGAAGUCGAGGAUCGAGCAGAAACCGCAAAAAUCCGAGGUGGAACUGAUCCCCAAAAGUGUUGUCAACAAAGAGAUUUACCGGAAAAUCGGGGAAAAAGCGCAGAUCAGACGAAGGGGCAGGCCGCCUAUUUUCAAAGAUAAAAACGUUGAUAUAGGCGACACGGUGCUCAAGUCGGACCUGGAUCAGUUCUUGGAGGGCAAAGAGAUCAGUUCCUCGGGCUUGUCGCGUAAAGACCUGGAGAGGGUCAUGAUGGGGAAAUUCAAUCCUAAUAGGAGGUACUCGAACGAGGCCAUGUGGGCAGCCCUAAUGGAUGUCAAGAAGGGCGGGAGUAUUUACAGGGCCGCCCAAACUCAUAAAGUGCCCAGAAAAUCGCUGCGUAACUGGAUGAAGCGCUGCCACAUCAAGUCGUCCUUCCCGAUGCCGCAGCAACUGAAGCAGUUCGUCGAGAACAGCAAGCGUCAGAAGGAGUAUAAGCAUUACGAGUGCCUCAACGCGGGCGACCCUCAGCCUCAGGACAAGAGCGAGAACGAAACCGAACUGGACUUUGGCAAGCAUUUCCUGUCGUUCGCGAAUAAUGUGUCCAGCGAGGACGAAGCCCCCAAAACUGGGGAGAAAUCUCCCGAAUUAAAGGGCGACUGCGAUGGCAAUACCGUCCUUGAUAUGUCAUUGCAUGAAUAAUUUGUCUUGUGUUGCCAUACUGCGGUUUGUGGAAUGAAGACACUGAAUGUUUUGCGCGGUGCUAUUCUGAUUUAAAUUAAGAAAACCAUGCCUCUAAUCUUAUAAUAAUAAAUAAUCAUUGUGUCUAAUAAAAUAAAAUACUGUAAAAAAUUAAAAAAAUUGUCUAUGCGCCGAUGGCUGGGCGUAUUCUAAGUCCACUCUAAUUUGUACUGUCAAACAAAUUCUAAAUACAAGUAUAUUAAUAGAGAAUUCGCAGUAUGGAAACGUGUUCAGAAAAUUAAUAAUACAAAAUGACUGUAACUUAUAUAUUAAAAUUAAUAUCUAAUUAUAUAGAAAAAUAAAAAAAUGUGGCCUGUCGUUUGUAUACGAGGAUAUAUAACUGCCAAAGAAAUAAGCAAAGAUAUUUAAUAUAUUUAACGAAUGUAUUUUAAACAAACGAUUUUCCCAAAGAAAUUAUAAAUUAUUGAUAAUGUUGCAAUAGAAUCCAAAGAGUUUUAAAAUUACGGGAAAAAAACGUGUUUCGUGUGGUAGCAUUUUCGUAAUGUUGCCAUUGAAAAAAAGUAUAUUUAAAUUUGAUUAUUUAUUCUUUAAUUAUUGAUACUUAAUGUUGUAACGUAUUUCUUUUACUUAUUAAUGUUAGUUAUACAUAUUUAUAAAUAAGUGUGUUUUAAUAGAUUUGACGAAAAUCGUAUUAAAAUUACUUUUUACACUGACAUUGUCAUUGAGACGCCGGAAAAAUCGUGCAAAUUUUAUGCAGAAAUCUGCCCUCCAUUGACACUAUAGUUAACACAAGUAAAGAUUUGGAUUCGCUUCAAUAAUUGUGCGAUUGAAAGUUUUCAUGGAUGGGCACCAAGGUUUCAAGUGAAACUUCUGCGUAAUACGUGUCCGUUAACGUUCUCGAUAGCGUUAAAGUUAAAUCAAAUUUGUAUGGAGUUGCAACAGCGCCCCUAGCGGCAAACGCAGGCAAACCUUCUAACUCCAUACAAAUUUGAGUUAACUUUAACGCGGUCGAAAAGUUAAAAAACUAAGCACACAGAAGGGAGACUGUUCAAUCAAAAUGAGCCUCCCAAGAUUUAUGGGAAACCACAGAACUCGACUGAGAGAGCAACCGUCACUUGUAGCCACAACCCAGCUCCACACGUAUGACGUCACGUACUGUGACCCACUAAGAAAUGCAGUGACUUGUUAAAAUAUCAUUUUCGUCAAAUUUGUUAUUAAAAAAAAAAAAACUAAAAACUUUUUACUAGUUUUAAAAACAAACUUGGCCUUGAAAAUUAUUAAUAUUGAGUGCUUAAAGGGACAACGUCCAUUCGUUUAAAAAAAAUUUAAGAAAUAUUAAAAGACUUGAAAAUGUUUAUGUAAAGUUUUUAUGUAUAUUAAUAAAACGGUUUUAGCUUUUUACCUGUUCGUACAUGUAUGUAAGUUUUAAUUAUCGCAUCUUGCAUUGUUGUGUAUAAUAACAAUGACAAUGUUGAAUGCAAUUUAAAUGGAAUAUGUACUUAAAUUGUCAAUUUAACUUGCGAAAUGAUAAAACAGUUUUGGGUAUUAGGCCAAAAUGGGCGUGGAAUAGGGUAAUUUAGCUAUCCCUCUCGCACGCGCGCGCGUAAUGAAUGUGACGUCAUAAAACGCUGGUAACACCAGAUCGUAAAGUUGAAGACUCGAAGCCAUUAAAGCCAGAGAGGAGAUGAAGCCAAGGGGCUGACAGGAAAUUAUGCCUAUUUCUGCCGUGAAGCAGUAAUGCGUUUCGGUUCGAAGGGCGGGGCAGCCGUUGUAACUAUACUGAGACUUUAGAACUCAUAUCUCAAGGUGUAGAUUUUUAUGGGCCCCGGUAACCACUCAACACCAGGUGGUCUGUGAGCUCGUCCAACCAUCUAUGCAAUAAAUAAAUAAAUAAAUAUUCGUUUGUAAAUCAAAGUAUUUCGUCAAGUGGAUCUCGUAACCUGUCAUGUAAAAAGCGUAGGACCACUUAAUGACCUUAACUUCACUUUAAAAGUAUAUAAAAGCUGAGCUUUAACCCGAAAUCUGUUAUAAGCUUCACGUGAAAAUUUAAUUCGUAUUGAUUUACAAAAAAACUGUUCUUAUUAAUUUUUUAGUUUCCGUUUUUAUUUCGUUAAGACAAAAAAGUGUUUGUAACAAAAACACGUGCAAUAGGAAAGCCUUGGAGCCGGUGCUGUCAGCUCGCGAAAAUUCCCCGGAAUUUCGGGAAUUGCGUUAAAACGAUGAACAUAAAAAUCAAGUGUGUAGAGUCCGAUACGCGAUCGAUACUGUACGCCAAUGUAGCUGCAACAGUCCUCAUCGCGUCACUAACUCUAGUUCAAGCGAAUUAAAACGAAGUGAAACAACUUUACGUUUUCCACUAAACCCAAUAGAUGGCGCUAGCGGUGUCAGAAUAACAAACAUUAAAGAUUGCAUAUCGUAGGAUGAAAGGUGGUUUAUUAGCUAUAACAUUUCGAUGUUUUUAAUUGAGCUUCAAUUAAGUUUACUCCGUUUUAAUAGCUGAAGCCGUUUUUUUGUUGUUAUGAUAUUUUUUCCAAAUGUUUGAACUUUAAGUGGCUCUCCUGUAUAGCUGCAAAAAUAUCCCUUAAACCAAAUAACCUUUCAUCCCCCGAUAUAUAUAUAUAUAUAUAUAUAUAUAUAAAGCAUUCAAUAAUAUUUAAUUAAUACAAAUAUGUUCCUAAACGUUACUUAAUAAAACUUAGUAAUUUAACCUUAUUCGAUUGAGUGUGUUUUUCGCGUGUCAUUUGCGAACGUUCUCGAUCGCGUAAAAGUUAACUCGAAUUUGUAUGGAGUUAGAACAGCGCCCCUAGCGACAAACGUAGGCAAACGAUCCGACUUCAUACAAAUUCAAGUUAACUUUUACGCUAUCGAGAACGUUAAAAAAUUCGCACUAAUAACUUAACAAGAUUUGCCUUUUAAUCAGUACGUCAAGCAUUUUUAUUACACGAUGUUAUUCCUUCACCGUGGAAGUCAAUCGUGAACAUUUGCUGAGUACGUAUUUUAUUAGAGAAAUUGGUACCCGCCUGCGGGAUUCGAACAUCGGUGUAUCGCUAGAUACAAAUGCACCGGACGUCUUAUCCUUUAGGCCACGACGACUUCAGACUUGGUUCAAGCGACAUUUCGCUUAACACGCGACAUUUAUCUUUGUAAUUAAAGUUGCGUUUUAUUUGGCAUCGGCAUCAACAGUUCGAUGUUUUUAAUUGAACUUCAAUAAUAAGUUUUUCAAAAAUUUAAACUAUAAAUGACUUUCCGGUAAAUGUGCAAAAAUAGCCUUUCACGACUUGAUAGUUCAUCAAGUGUCUUCGUUUCCGAUUCCAAUAAAAGCGAUACGAUAUUUUUUAUUAAAUCGGCAGACGAGCAUAGGACCCGUUUGAUGGUGAGUGGUUACUGUUAAUUCAUCACUGCCAGGGGUACGACCAAGCCUCUGCCUACUGACCAUAUGUUAGGAGUAUUAAUUUAACUAGUGUACGCUCCAUGAUCGACCAUAAUCAAUUUCAUCUCGAAAUUUAAAUGGGAGAAUAAGAUUUUUCGAUUUAUUUUACUGACAACAAUGUAGGUUUUCGUUUAAAAAGGCAAAUCACGUUAAGGGUAUUUUUAUUAAAAUUGUUUUUCAUUUAUUUAUUGUGCGAAAAAAGCAAGCGAAAGUGUUAAGUUUACGGUGAAACUAUAUACAGGGUGUCCCAGAAAGAAUGGAUAAUCCUGAAACACCUCAAUGGGGACUCAAAAUAAAAAAUUAAAAAUAAUAUUUAUUAGGUAGUACCCAAAUUAAAAAUAAAGAAAAAAAUACCAAAAUUAAUGAUUAAAAUUUAAGUUCUAAUUAACUUUUAUAAAAAAUUACACUAGCUACUCAUACGAUUAUACGGCAUAUUCCUUAGUAUAGUCCAUGUAUAAUAUUAUAACACCAAAAAGCCUAUGGAUUUCAUUUAUUUGUAGCUAUUGUAUAUUCCAAAACGCAUAGCAGUAUGGAAAAUAUCAACUUUUUUUUAAAAUACUGAAUUUGGGUACUACCUGAGAAUUUUUUUAUUUAUUUUUUUAUUUUGUGUCCCCAAUAGCUCUACUAUGAGGUGUUUCAGGACUAUCCAUUCUUUUUGGGACACCCUGUAUUUUUGUUUGCGGCCUAAAACAUGUUCUAAUAUAACAUUACAAAAGAAAACAUUGUCGAUUUAUCGUUACGAAAAAGUAAUUCAUGUUGCUUCAUCUCUGCGACAUUGGUGUGUUGCUAGUGAUUAUACAAAAAUCUUUGUAAUGCGGUUUUAACGCCCGACAAGUGCCUAUGUGAGUACUGGUAAUAACAGAGCAAAAGUUAAACGCCUCCUAAAUCUUGGUGCUGAUUGGAUAUUGAUUGAUUGAUUGAAUACGGCGGUCGAAAUUUCCAAUCAUAUAAAUGAGACCGUCAGUGCAAAAGUGGCCUAACCCACAAUUUUUCGGAUUCGUGCUUAUAUGUAUAUUGCAAUUUAUUUAAAACACAAUAUAUUUUGAUGCAAAACCCGCCUAUCUCUAGUCUCACCCAUAGAGAACAGAUGGAUUUGUAAAUAUUAUUUUUCGCGCGUAUUGUUUUUGCCUACGAACCAAUAUAAAAGUAAAUUCUAACCUCAUUAUCUCCAUACUAACUAUGUAAAGGUUAGGCCAGUUUUGCCCUGACUACCUAAAAUUUGGAUCAUGCGUGUUUCACAGGGGCUUUAGUUUUGUCCAUGUUCUGAACUGACAAUUAUUAUUUAUUUUAAUUGUAACUAUUAUAAUAGUUACAUGUAAAAUAAUUGAGAGAGAGAGAGAGAGAGAAUACACUUUAUUGCACCCAAAACACAAUUUACAUUCAAAAACAGUCAAAAGGCAGAUAGAUUUGUACAUUAGGCGGUCUUACCGCUAAAAGCGAUAAAUAUAGUAGGUAUGUUACGGUGUACCAUUGACAAUACCUUAAUAUAGAAAAUAUAUACAUACAAUAAACAGAUAUAUACCGUUUACAUAAUAUGUAUAUACAAAAUAAUAUUAAUGGUAUUUAAAUAGUUUAAAAUCUCUUAAUGGCACUUCAAUGAUUCUACUUACACGCAUGGACUUGUUUCAGAUAUAAAUGAUUUUUUAUUUUUAUUUUAAUUAAUAUGAUCAUUGAAAAAGGUUUGAAAAAAUACAUUUCCUUAUUUUUAUUUAUUUAUUGCGUUUUGGCGGGUAGCUAGCAUAGAACACAAGAUAUUUGACAGAUGCCUGAAUCUCGCUUACGACAUUACCAAGAUAAGCUUGCAUAUGUACUGGUGGUACUUUAUUGGUGGUAGGACGUCUUGUGAGUCCGCACGAGUAAGUACCACCACCCCGCUAUUUCUGCUGUGAAGUAGUAAUGCGUUUCGGUUUGAAGAGUGGGGUAGCCGUUGUAAAUAUGCUGAGACCUUAGAACUUAUAUUUCAAGGUGGGUGGCGCAUUUACGUUGUAGAUGUCUAUGGGCUCCAGUAACCACUUAACACCAGGUGAGCUCUGAGCUCGUUCACCCAUCUAAGCAAUAAAAAAAGCAAGUUCCGAACGAUAACAUUUGAAGUGUCGGUCUACACUCCCUCGAUUCAAGAUCUUUUUUCGUUAAGCCUACCGAAAGAUCUUUCAAAGUAAAUAAAUAAAACAACAAUUUUUUUGAAGAAAACUCCCAAAGGACUGCUUGUAUACAAAUUGAUAGAAAUACCAAUAUUUAGUUGCAGUUUUAAUACGCCUAUUAGCUCUUUCUGUAUCUUUAAACCUAUGUAAUGGAAUCUAUCAAGGUAAUUGAAUUGACAAAUUUCACAAGUGUCAAGACCGAUGUUACUAUAAAAAUAUUAAUAAUUUAACCUAAUAUCCUGACCAGAAUCUCGAAGAUUGUUGAUGAUUACGGACUCUUGCACACUUAACGCAAGGCGGGCCGUGAACUCUUCCGAAAAACUAGCACAGAGAAUUCUAAUUUAAGAUAUGUGCUUAUUAAAUACCGAAUUAGUAGGUAAUAUACUAUAGUUACCGGCAACGUUAUGUAGCAAUGUUGCCAGUAAAAAAAACUUAAAAUUUCGUGGUGAUUCCACUACGAGUCUGGCAACACGUUUGACCGUUGCAUUGACUAAAAUAAUUGUGCCUUACUAUUCUGUUUCGUUGUGAUUUCUAUUUAAAGACUUAUCUAUGAUGUGCUAGUAUUAGGUCGUUAAUGAUUUCGGAAAUGCGUGUUUUCUGCCUAUAACGAUAGGCAGCGGCUUGGCUCUGACCCUGACAUUGCUGAAGUCCAUGGGCGACGGUAACCAUACACCAUCAAGUGGGCCGUAUGGUCGUCUGCCUACAAGCGCAAUAAAAAAAGUCCAAAUUGGGUUAUAGUGCUUUAACGAAUAUAAAGAAAAGUUCAUUAAAAUUUGAUGAAAUUGAUUCUAUAGUCUCAGCUAAGGCAGACAAAAUGUUUGUAUAUAUCCUACUGAUAAUAAUAAUACUAAUAAUUUAAAAAAAAUGUGAUUUUCUGACUCUAGAGCGAAUCGAAAUGUCGAUUAAUUGCUUUUAAAACAUCGAUUACCUAUUGUCUGUUAUUACCAGUAAUAAUACAUUAUAGUAUUUAAGGUGUAUUAUAGUAUGUAAGUAGUUGUGUAAUUGAAAAGUUAUAUACAUACAUAAUAUAUAUAUAUUAUACAUGCAGUAUUAUGUUAGUGAACGCGGUCUAAUUUCUGUUUGGUGUUAGUAAAUAAAGAAUGAAAUUUAUAUGAUUA